AUGAUCAUCUUCGUCCAACAAGUCAAUGAAACCCCAUGCUCCACCCUCGAAGCUGAGGGCGACUGGACCUUGUCUGCCCAAGUCCUUGCGCUUUGCGGGUUAAGCGGCUUGCAUCAAUCCGCCGUCCUUCUCCUCUGGUCAAACAACUGGCGCUGGUGGGUCCCGUUCGUCAACGUUGUGCUUCAAGUCGCCGAACUCAUCGGAGUCUUGAUCAUCUACCGCGGAAGCUUCAUUGUUUUAAUGAUUACGCUGGGCUUUACUCUCAUUAUCCGGGACGGCCACCACUUGUUCACCAUCCUAACUUCGUGCCUUCGUCGACGUCAAUCCCCCCCGGGGCCUGAACUGCAACUGGACGACGAUGCAACCAUCUUGGACUCGACAGCAACCAAUAAUCCUACCCAACAAGAAGGGGAAGAGAAGGAAGAGUCCCGUUGGCAUCGUCUGCUGGGACGAUCCCUGUGGGCCCAGAGGACCCCGUGGGUGUCAAAGGAUAUGACUUACUACGUGUCCAUGCCCACUCACUUCAUCUUUACACACAGGGGUGAAUCAAAGAAAUUCAUCGCGUCUCGAGGACUAGUGGCCGGCUUGAUCUUCAUUAUCAGCAUCUGCGUCACCGUCAACUCGAUGCUCAUUGAACCUAUCCAAGAAACAAGCGCAAUCCCGGCCAAGACUCUUCGCGGAACGGCUCCGGCUUUGAGAGAAGGCCUGAAAGUUAAGCCUCCCAUCUGGACUGUCGUCGCUUAUGUGGAAGAAGGAAACCAGUCCGCCUACGCCCUGGAAGAAGCGCUGAGUGUAACCCCGAUUUGGGAUGACUCGAGUGAAUAUAAGCCUCUCUGUGUCUUCAACGACGUCCUGGCCCUCGGGGAGAAGAAUUCGUCGGUUGCCUACAUCAACUCCAAUAUCCAAGCCGCUGUCUUUACAUGUCCCAGCAGAUUGCCCCCCGUUAGUGGUGGGUACUUUGCGGUUUCUCAAUUCUGCGGAAGAGAUGUUCAUGGAGUUUCCCGUCUAGCGGUCAAUUUCACCAAGUCCUACACCCUUUCCGCUUCACCCGACUUCCAAAUCCGAGUCAAUUUCACUGCCCUCGAUGCAAGCACAGGCUCCCCUGAGCUCAACUACGCCCGAAGGAAAUCGGUCUCUAUUCUCUUGGGAAUGACAGACAAUCUGGAGGAUAUAUUCGAGGCCACACGUCCGAUCCACAUAUUCCCCGGCGUCAGCCUUCUCGGAGGGAUUGUCAUGGGAGUCAGGAGACGGAUUAUCGACCGUUUCUGGGCUGCCUUCCUGAUGAGCCGUACACGGACCUACUUCUUCGCCAAAGUAAACCCAAUUUUCUCCGACCCCAACACGCCCCCAAAGCCAAAUAUGGGAUCAUUCCGGUUAUUCGGACAGAACGACCACACCUAUUGGGAGUUCGUGGUUGACCAAAGGGAGAAGACUGUGCUGGCAGCCUUUGGAGUGAUUGGUGGAAUCUUGAGCGUCCUGUUCCUCCUGUUUCUUCUUCUAUUCGGUUCUAAUUACAUGAACGUGUUGCAAGGGACGAAACCCCUCUCACCAUCCGGAAUUAUUUGCAGACGGGACAGACAAAAGGCGCUGCUUGAGAAAUACCCGGCUUUGUUGGAGGAGGGCUCUCUCAAGGGGCCGGCGGAUUUCCUCAGAGACGAGCUUAUCGACGUCGGCGAGCUACAAAAGAUCAAAUCUCAGGCCGCAGCAAGUACGAAGCCCACAGUCAAGCCGUCCAAUGAAGAUCCUGGCCCAAGCGGGGCUUCUGGUUCGAGAGAGACCGGAUCCAUAGUGUCCUCCCUGGGCUCUCCGUGA